GUGGUGGCGGUAACGCGUCCAGUAGCUGCUUCUCCAACCGCCAGAAAACACUGGAGAAGAAAAAACCGCUGCUCGUCUGAGCCGCUUUAGCCCCUCGAGUUAUAAAAAUAAAAACACGUUAUUGUGUCUGGCUCUGAGGAUUUAAAACCCUUUAGCCCCUCGAGUUAUAAAAAUAAAAGCACGUUAUUGUGUCUGGCUCUGAGGAUUUAAAACCCUGAGCUGUGUGAGGACAUGAAAACAGAGACAUCCAUGGAUGGAGAGACCUCAGAAGCCUGUGUGAAGAAAGAGGAGACGCUGGAGCUGAAUAUCUACAGCUAUGGAGACUAUCUCGACAACCCACCUGAAGGUCUCUCUGUUAAAGUGGAAGAUCCUGACGAUAAAGACUAUCUCUACUGUGAAGUUUGCAAAUCCUUCUUCCUCAACAAAUGCGAGGUUCAUGGACCACCCCUCUUCAUCCCCGAUACUCCUGUUCCCAUGGGAGUCCCUGACCGAGCCAGACAAACACUUCCUCCUGGGCUAGAAAUCCAGAAGUCCAGUAUUCCUGAUGCAGGCCUGGGAGUGUUUAAUAAGGGGGAGACUGUUCCAGUAGGUGCACACUUCGGCCCCUGCCAGGGAGAGCUGGUGAACCGAGAGGAAGCCAAGAACAGUGGAGACUCCUCGGUUGUAUACAGGAGCAUGCAGUGUGAAGAAUACAUCGAUGCCAAAAGAGAGACGCAUGUGAAUUGGAUGAGGUAUGUGAAAUGUGCCCGUAAUGAAGAAGAACAGAAUCUUGUGGCAUUUGAGUAUCAAGGGGGAAUUCUGUAUCGUUGCUGUCGAUCCAUUAACCCAGGACAGGAGCUCUUGGUGUGGUAUGAAGAGGAGUACACCAAAGAACUCAGUCCUGCACCUACAGGAACAACCAGACAGCAAGAACACCAGCGCAUUCACACAGAAGAGAAACCAUAUCACUGCUCACAGUGUGGGAAGAGUUUUACUCAUCAGUAUGAUCUCCAACAACACCAGCGCAUUCACACAGGAGAGAAGCCGUAUCACUGCUCACAGUGUGGGAAGAGUUUUACUCAGCAGAGUAAUCUCCGACUACACCAGCGCAUUCACACAGGAGAGAAGCCGUAUCACUGCUCACAGUGUGGGAAGAGUUUUACUCAUCAGAGUACUCUCCAAAAACACCAGCGCAUUCACACAGGAGAGAAGCCGUAUCACUGCUCACAGUGUGGGAAGAGCUUUACUCAGCAGAGUGCUCUCCAACUACACCUGCGCAUUCACACAGGAGAGAAGCCGUAUCACUGCUCACAGUGUGGGAAGAGUUUUACUCAUCAGAGUAAUCUCCAAAAACACCAGCGCAUUCACACAGGAGAGAAGCCGUUUCACUGCUCACAGUGUGGAAAGAGUUUUACUCAUCAGAGUACUCUCCGACAACACCAGCGCAUUCACACAGGAGAAAAGCCAUAUCACUGCUCACAGUGUGGAAAGAGUUUUAUUCGUCAGAGUACUCUCCAAAAACACCAGCGCAUUCACACAGGAGAGAAGCCGUAUCACUGCUCACAGUGUGGGAAGAGUUUUACUCAGCAGAGUAAUCUCCGACUACACCAGCGCAUUCACACAGGAGAGAAGCCGUAUCACUGCUCACAGUGUGGGAAGAGUUUUACUCAUCAGAGUACUCUCCAAAAACACCAGCGCAUUCACACAGGAGAGAAGCCGUAUCACUGCUCACAGUGUGGGAAGAGUUUUACUCAUCAGAGUGCUCUCCAACUACACCAGCGCAUUCACACAGGAGAGAAGCCGUAUCACUGCUCACAGUGUGGGAAGAGUUUUACUCAUCAGAGUGAUCUCCAACUACACCAGCGCAUUCACACAGGAGAGAAGCCGUAUCACUGCUCACAGUGUGGGAAGAGUUUUACUAGUCAGAGUGAUCUCCAAACACACCAGCGCAUUCACACAGGAGAGAAGCCGUAUCACUGCUCACAGAGUGGGAAGAGUUUUACUCAUCAGAGUGAUCUCCAACUACACCAGCGCAUUCACACAGGAGAGAAGCCGUAUCACUGCUCACAGUGUGGGAAGAGUUUUACUAGUCAGAGUGAUCUCCAAACACACCAGCGCGUUCACACAGGAGAGAAGCCGUAUCACUGCUCACAGUGUGGAAAGAGUUUUACUCAUCAGAGUACUCUCCAGACACACCAGCGCAUUCACACAGGAGAGAAGCCGUAUCACUGCUCACAGUGUGGGAAGAGUUUUACGACGCAGAGUAAUCUCCAUGUCCACCAGCGCAUUCACACAGGAGAGAAGCCGUAUCACUGCUCACAGUGUGGGAAGAGUUUUACUCACCAGAGUGAUCGCCAAACACACCAGCGCAUUCACACAGGAGAGAAGCCGUAUCACUGCUCACAGUGUGGGAAGAGUUUUACGACGCAGAGUAAUCUCCAAGUCCACCAGCGCAUUCACACAGGAGAGAAGCCGUAUCACUGCUCACAGUGUGGAAAGAGUUUUAUUCGUCAGAGUGCGCUCCAAACACACCAGCGCAUUCACACAGGAGAGAAGCCGUAUCACUGCUCACAGUGUGGGAAGAGUUUUACUCAUCAGAGUAAUCUCCAAACACACCAGCGCAUUCACACAGGAGAGAAGCCAUAUCACUGCUCACAGUGUGGGAAGAGUUUUACUCAGCAGAGUGCUCUCCAACGACACCAGCGCAUUCACACAGGAUAGAAGCCGUAUCACUGCUCACAGUGUGGAAAGAUGUUUGCUUGUUUAGUUACAUUUAAGACCUUCAAGUGCACUAACUCAGAGACAUUGCAUGAUUUAAAGUUGUCAAAUUAAAUAUGGUUGUUACAGUUUUGACUGAAAAUGACCUGUACUUUGAACUUUAUUGUUCAUGUUACACUGGUCAACAAUUUUUCAGAAGUUGUCUGCUUCAGAGAUGAAAUUGGCUAUUAUGAAAUUUAGUGUGUUGAAUUAGAAGUGACAGUUAAUCAGCUGAUUGGCUAUGGCUUCCAUGAUAUUUAAGAUUUUAAAUUUUAUACUUAUGUACAUUGUGUAGAUCGUAAUGUUUUAAAUGUAAAUUGUAAAACUAGGUCUCUUCAUGUGUUUAUGGUCGGUUUACAUGAUAUUUCACCUCUUCUCUUUA